CGGUCGAAAAAUUAAAAACAAAAAUCAAAAGUAUUUUACUUUUAAUUGAUAAGAACAUUUUUCUAGAAUCUCCUGAUAACUCUUACUAGAUUGUUACACGGAAAGAGAACGUUCAUUCUUCACUAGACGGAAUAAGACUUUGGGAAUUAGAGGAGAAGGUGCCUCAAGGCUUAAUUCCUCAAUAAGAGGUUUUCUGAACAUUGACUGAACUACACAGAGUCCAUAAGAUGACACGUCAUGGUAAGAACAGUACAGCAGGAUCGGUCUACACAUACCAUGAAAGAAAGAAAGAUACCCAGCAGUCUGGCUAUGGCAGCAAACAGGCACGGUUUGGAAAGGACUCUAUCAAAGAGUUUGAUUGCUGCUCUCUAACACUCCAGCCUUGUAAAGACCCUGUAGUCACAAUUGAUGGCUACCUGUUUGACAAAGAGGCAAUAUUGGAAUACAUUUUGCACCAGAAGAAGGAGAUUGCCAGAAAACUGAAGGAAUAUGCAAAACAAAAAGAUAAAUUAGAAGAAGAUGUGAUUGAGAAAGCCAGAGCUGAACAAGCAGAGAGAACCAAAGCUUUUGUAAAGACAGAGGGAAAUAUUCUCAGUAAACCAAUUGAUCCAUUUCAUAAAAAGGAUGGCCCAAAGCCAGGUCCUAGUGUGUCUAACAUGGCAGAUGGCAAAGACAAGAAGUUACCAGCUUUCUGGUUGCCUUCACAACUUCCUGAGGCUGAUAAGACUCUUGUCAAGAAACCAGAUGAAAAGGUUCGCUGUCCAAUGAGUGACAAAGUCCUUAAGAUGAAAGAUCUCAUACCUGUAAACUUCACAAAAAUAAAUGAUAGAGAUGAAAAAACCUCUCUUAUAGCAAAAAAGGACAGAUACGUGUGUGCAGUCACUAAUGAUGUCUUGGGUAAUUCUACACCAUGUGCAGUAUUGAGAACAUCAGGGUGUGUUGUUACUAUGGAUUGUGUGGAGAAACUGAUAAAGAAGGACAACCCUAUGUUAGACCCAAUAAAUGGCAAGCCUCUCAGAGACAAAGAUAUCAUUCCAUUACAAAGGGGAGCAACUGGAUUCUCAGGAGCAGGAAUCACUCUGGAAGGAAAGGUAGAUGGACCUGGACUGAUGUCAUAAUAGACUUUAUGUUGUCACAAUUUGAAAAAUACUUUUGGUCGAGUUAGCAAUGACUUUAUAAUGUCAUGUGUAGCCAGAAUUCAGACAAUCUCUGUGUGAUAUAGUUUUGGACUAAAUGAUGUCACAAAAGUGUAUACUAUACUACUAUAUAACAGAAUGUUAUUUGAAAUGUGAUAUUGAGCAGUUACAAGGACACAAAUCUAAGGUUUUAACUCAAACAUGAACAAUGAUAUACCAUCCUUUUGUUCACAUUUUGAAAAAUUCUUGUGGGGUUCACCAUUUCAGCCCAAAAGCACUUCAAUGAGCCCCCCCCUCUGCUAUCUCUACAGGCCUGAUCCUAUAUGGUCAUACUGUCUUUGUUUUAAGUUCUGUUUUCCAUAUUGUAUAUUUUAGUCAUAGGGCAAUAGAAAGAGGGCACUGUAUGUUCAAUCUAAGCAAAAAUCAACUUUCCAUGAAGCAGACCAACUGCCCAAUCAGGCUACAGAUGUAUGUACAGGGAUUGUAUUGUUAUCCGACUGGUGCAACAUAACUGUCCAAUAAGA